AUGAACAGCCCGCCCCCUCUCCGGCCGCCUCACGCGCCUGUUCGGAACGACCGCGCACACCGUCGGUCCAUCACACGUCGUCAUGACGUCGGCAGCGGCAGAGCGCCGCGUCAUCAUUGUCGUCGGGUCCGGGCUCGCGGGCCUGGCGGCGGCGCACGAGGCGCUCCAACGCGGGGCGCACGUGCGCAUGCUCGAGCGCGGGGCAAGACGGGCGGCAACAGCAUCAAGGCGUCGUCCGGGAUCAACGGCGCCGGCACGCGGUUUCAGAAGGCGAGGGGCAUCGAGACGGAUACGUCGUUUUACGGCGACACGGUGCGGUCGGCGGGGACCAGGUUCGCUGCGGCGGCGGCUGAGGAUGCGGCGGGCAUCGACAGGGCGGGUCUCGUCGGCACGCUGACGGGGCGGUCGGCCGAGGCUGUGGCGUGGCUUGCGGACGACGUGGGCGUCGACCUCAGCGUCGUGGCGCCGCUGGGCGGGCACUCUGUCGCGAGGACGCACCGCGGCGCCGGCGCGCUGCCGCCCGGCGCGGCCAUCGUCACGACGCUGCUGAAGAGGCUGCAGGCGGACCCGAGGUUCGAGCUGACGACGUCCGCCGAGGUCGUGGGGCCUGACGACGACGCCGGGCGGCGCCGUCACGGGGGGUCCAGUACACGCCACAAAAACAGCGGCACGAAUUGGCCGGCCCGGCCGUCUUUCGCGGGGGGGGGCGUCUGCGUGGGCAAGGUGACGCCGAUUGUGCAUUUCACCAUGGGAGGCGCUGCAUUCGACGCAGAGGCACGCGUGCUGCGGCGAGGGGCGGGCGGCGUGCUGGAGCCGAUUGAGGGACUCUGGGCAGCUGGUGAGAUUACUGGAGGCGUCCAUGGUGACAACAGACUAGGAGGGUCAUCUCUGCUCGAGUGUGCAGUGUUUGGGCGAAUGGCUGGACAGCAGGCCGCAAAGGCUUUGUCGGGGUGA